AUGUCGUCGUCAUUUCUGUCGCGCAACGGUUCUUCUCCCGACUCGACGCCGUGCACGUCGCAAGCGCCUGUUGCAGCCGCGACUCCCAGAAAGAGGCGCCCGCAUCGCAUCUACCGACCCGCGAAGAACUCGCUUUACGACAUCUUGCACCAGCACUCCGGUACAUCGCUAUUUGUGCGCCCCAUCUGCUGGACCGAUCAACAUGCGCGACUCCUAGGCGCACGAUGGGAGGAACUGCCUCCAUGCGAUACACCUCAGCCUGUCGUGUCCCCCGGGACGCCACCCUCGCGAGGGCAUCUGAGCCCGUCCAACACCAUCAUCACGCUCAGCAACGCGCUCACGCAGAUCCUUCUACCCGACUCGAUGCAUCCUAUCCUCUCCUCCAACGCGGUCAAAACAGUUUUGAUGACUUUGUGGCCUGAGGCUUUCAGCAAGCCCCAUUACCUACCUGAACUGCACCUUUGCUUUGGCGGCCGUGUCUACCGGGAUGCUGUACGCGCACAGAUGAUGUGGAAUUUUCCCUCUGAGGAGUACAAGUCAUCAUACUCUUCCUUCAAAUCGGUAUCGACGCGACCAGCCGAAUCUUUCAACAUCUCGACACAGUCUAGUCCCACCCACAGCUCGGCCAAUCUACCAAUGAUCUGCUAUAUCGGCAAGAGCCAACUCGCGUCGGUCCGGAGCAACCUUUUUCGCGUCGCAUCCGGUCCCGGAAGAUCAUGGAAUGAGCCUGUGUACCGUCUGCAGCAACUGAGGGCUCGCUUUCUCGUUCCGUCUAACUCCGAUCAUGACGCACAUUUCGUGGGCAUCUUCCUCGGCAUGGCGCAAAAGUACUUCUACCCUAGCCCCCCUAUGACUGGCAGGAGAGACUCGCGACUGUCUCCUGGGCAAGGCAUCCCGCCCUGCCCUAACUUCCGAGAUCUCAAGUUGCGAAUUCUCACCCACGACACGGACACUUCGGAGUUUAUCGUUUACACGGGCUACGUGACAAAGGACUUUUUGGAAAAGUUCCACGAUCCAUUCAAGGCACCAGCUGAUGAUGAUGAUGCCGAGGUUACUGGAAUCAAGAUCGAGUACACACGGGUUCCCAUUUGGCCGAUUCUAGGCCUACGAGAAAGACUUGGCAAGGCUCUGGGUCAAGAUGUUGUCGGCGCUUUCAAUCCUGACGAGAUAGAGACUUGGGAGAAAGAUCCGGAGAAGCAAUCUGGCGGCAAGCGCAAGCGGGAAGUCCUCUCAGAAGUCAUUAACAGCAGCUUCGAGGAUGAUUCUGACGACGAACCAAACUUGGUUUCAAAGAAGCGCUGUCUGAGUGAGGGCACACCAGUGGGAGUGGUUAUGUAA